CUCAUCUCAGAAAUCUUCCAGUGUUCCUACAUCCGCUACCCACAUGCCCACAAACGCGCGGCUCCUCGUUCACAGCCACGGCUUCGCCCUCUCCUCAGAGCCGUCCCGUUGUACCAUCCCCUUCUCUCUCUAUUAUCCGAGGUCGUUGGCCGGCACUCCUAUCCCCCAGCCGUCUCGAUAAAGGAAGGAUAGAUCGCUCGCGAAGCCGGCGCGUCCGGUCGCAGGUACAGGUGCGGGGGAGAGACGGCGGCCGAGCCGCGCGCAAGCGAAGGAGAGGAGCAGGCGAGAGAAUUCCGACAGCCGGAAGUAGCUGAUUACCGCGAUGCGACUCGAGCGCCGUAACCAAGCGGGAUAGGAUGCGAGGCAGCAAAGCGUGUAAGCGUAGUUCGUCGUCGUGCGCCCGCAAAAAUACGCGCUCAUCCAAAAGCGGCAUCGCGCGCCGUACUCGCGCCUCCCCGCGUAAAUUACGCCGCUUUCGCUCGCGCGACAAAGCAAGCGUCUCUCCCUUACGCGCUCCCAACACCCUUCGCUCGACCACUACCCGCCUACACGGCACGGCAAGGACACCACCACGGCUACAGCCGCCGCCGUGCUUGUUACAACGUUACGCGUCGGUCGCGCCCUGCUCACUCACACGCUCACGCUCACGCUCAUGCGCAUGCACCGACUUCAGCGGCGAGAAACGCCCCCGUACUUCGUCCAUUCAUCGACCUCGGCGCUGUGCCUCCUUGCGCUCCUGCGUGAACUUAGUUGUUGGUAUGAGGCUGCGAGGAGGGAAUACACUAUGCUGGGAUAGGAUUGAGCUGGGGCUGGAUGCUGCUCGUCAUGCCGUAGAUACCUGGGUAGUGCGAGCUGGCUCCGCUUUUCGCCUCUGCGUCUUGCGGUGGCGUGUCGGUGAGCGAGGCUGGCGUGGGUUGCGGCUGGCAGCGCGUGCUAGGGAUAGCGUAUCUCUAUGUAUAAAAUAAUAGGUGCCCUAUUGAGAUUUGUUUUCGGUCCUGUUAUUCCCGUAACCCUAAGCAAAGCUGUGUUAGAAUGAGAGACCUACCCCGUCGAAUGGUG